GUCCUUUCUCUCUCUAUCUCUCUCUCUCCUAAAUUUUCUAGCAGGAUUUUCCAUUUUUUGGAUACCCAAUUGGGAAAUAUUAACUGGAUUUUUAGCUGGAGGGUUGAUUUUAAGAUAUGCUUCUGAUUCAUUUGGAGGGUAUCUUAAUUUGCUUCUUUUUACUGUAAGUUGAUUUUGCAGGUUUAAGAUCUUCCUGGCAUCCAAUAUAAUUUGUGUCAAUACUGUGGUGCUCAAUCAACAAAGUCAAGUGGAAGCAUGGAGAAGCUGGAAAGUGGAAAUUCCUCUAAGUUUAAUGACAGGGAUUCUGUACAAUUGCGCCAAUUAUGUGGUGAAAUGCCAGAUAAUGCAAUUUUGAUGAUCAAUCCAGCUGCUUCAUUACCAAGCAUAAACAGCUCUGGCUCAUGUUGCAGUGACUUUUCUGUUGAUGCAAAUUCAGAUGUGAGGGUGUAUGUUGAUGAAUGUAGUACAGACAGCAGUCAAGAGGAUUCUAGUUCUGCUAUAGGAAGGGAUGCAGAACAAACGAGAACUGGUAACUCUGAGGAACCCAAAGAUAGUAGAAAUGAAAGAUAUGACGAUGAUGAGGCUGGAACCUCUUGUAAUGAUGAAUUUGAUGCCCAGUUCUGGCUUCCCCCACAACCAGAAGACGAUGAUGAUGAUAUUGAGGACAGUGUGGCUAAUUAUGAUGACGACGAAUGUGUUGAUGGCCAGAAAUGGGGUAGUACAGCUUCGUUAAUCAGCUUUGGUGAAGAAGACUUUGGUAGUUAUAAGCAUAAAGAGGAACGACAAAAGGCAUUACAAGAAGUAAUGAACAUGAAGCUUAAGGCCUUUGUUAGUGACCACCUUAAAUCUUUUGGUAUUGCCGCUUCGGUGAAAGAAGGUGAUAAUUGGGUUGAUAUAAUCACUUCCUUGUCAUGGGAGGCUGCUUCUUUUGUGAAGCCUGAUUCUACGGAAGGAAAGAUGAAUCCAGUUGAAUAUGUGAAGAUAAAAUGCAUUUCAACUGGUUCUCGCAGCCAAAGUCGUUUUGUCAGAGGCUUGGUCUUUAAAAAGCAUGCUGCGCACAAACACAUGCCAACCAAGUACGAUAAACCUAGGUUGCUGUUGAUCGAGGGUGCACUAGGGCUCUCCAGAAAAAGUGAGUUGUCAUCAUUCGAGGAGUCUGUGCAACAGGAGAAAGAUAGUGUGAAAUCUAUCCUCGAUAUGAUAGAAAGGUACCAACCAAAUGUAGUUUUAGUGGAGAAUGCUGUUUCUCGUGACAUACAGGAGUCUAUUUUAAAGAAAGGAGUCACCUUAGUCUUUGAUAUGAAACAACAUCGCUUGGAGAAAGUUGCACGUUGCACAGGUUCAUUGUCUGCUGAUAUAUUGGUUAGCCGAAAGCUCAGGCAGUGUGACUCCUUUCAUUUUGAAAAGUUUGCAGAAGAACAUUCUGCUUCUGGAGAUGCUGGGAAAAAGCCUAGCAAAACAUUGAUGUUUAUUGAGGGCUGUCCUACUCAUCUGGGAUGUACAAUUUUGUUAAUGGGAUCGAACAGUGAUGAAUUGAAGAAGAUUAAACAUGUAGUCAAAGAUGCAAUCAUCGUGGCGUACAAUUUAAUCCUAGAGACUUCGUUCCUUCUGGAUCAAAAAGCAAUGUUCUCAACUCUACCUCUUAGCCAGGAGGUGAAUCUAACACUUGGUAACGAAACACCAUCUGUUAGUGAUGGGCAAGGAAUUAUCUCUAAUGCUGAGGAGCAUGUCGGUGAAAUCAGUUCAUCUGGUACAGUUGAUAUUCCAAUAUCCAAUGGCUUCCAUGAAGAAAUAAGUCAUAAGUUAGACGCAGAAAGCGAAUCUCUACAAUAUGAGCCAUACAACCCAGUCGUUCUCUCUGGAUUAUCAUCUAUCUCAUCCUCUGUCAGAAGGAUUAUGGGGAAUAAAUUUCCUCUCUUCUCCACCUCUCAUCAAUCCAUGUCCUCGUAUUUCAGUCUUAAUGGAACCACGAAAAAUGAUCAGGUGCAAGCUGAUGUUCAAGUUUCUAAUGUGCCUGAUUUAAUACACAGUGAUGCAGAACAAAAGACAAGUUUUGAUGGCGUGAAGGCCCCUGAAAAGGAGCAGCAUCAUACUCCACUUGUGAGCCAGGUAGAAUCUUUGGAAUUAGAGGGAUCUGGUGAAAAGCUUGAAGACCAAGAACAUAUGAAGGAUAAUGUGGCAUCGUUAUUGGAUUCUGAGAGUAUUUUGGUUCUGAUGUCCUGUCGGAAUGCUUCAAAAGGGACUAUGUGUAAGCAUAGUCAUUUUUCUCGGAUCAAGUUCUAUCAAGAUUUUGAUAUUCCCCUUGAAAAGUUUUUGCAGGAUAAUUUGCUAAACCAGAAGGAGUGCAAGACGUGUGGUGAAUCCCCUGAAGCUCACAUUUUUCAUUAUGCGCAUCACAACAAGCUCCUUACGAUUCAAGUCCGGUGUCUUCCCAUGGACAAGGGCUUGCGAGGUGAACAUGAAGGCAAACUUUGGAUGUGGAGUCGUUGCUGUAAAUGCAAAUCCCAGAAUGGAAGCUCAUUUUCCACUAAAAGAGUGUUAAUAUCUACUGGCUCCCGUGGGUUUUCUUUUGGAAAAUUUUUGGAGCUCAGUUUCUCAAAUUCCCCUUUCUUUAGUGGACUGUCUGCAUGUGGUCACUCCUUUGAUAAGGAUUUCCUCUACUUCUUUGGAUUAGGGCGAAUGGUUGCAAUGUUCAAGUACUCUACUAUUACUACUUAUUCCGUGUUUCUUCCUCCCAAGAAGCUGGAAUUUAGCAGUUCCAUCAAAGGAGAAUUUCUUAAGCAGGAGUUCAGUGAUGUGUACUUGAAAGGGAUUAUGAUGUUUAUUGAUGUAGAAAAAGCUCUGAAGGCAGUAGAGUCUCAUGUUGGAACAGUGCUAAAUCUUCAAGGAUCAAUUAUGAAAUUUUCUGAAAUUGAAAACAUGUUGAAGGAAGAGAGAUCUCAGUUUGAGGUUGACGUACAAAAUGUCAUCGAAGAUGGGAUUCAGGAUGUCAUGGUAUAUAAACUUUUAAGUUUGAAUAGAAUACGACUAGUUCUUCUGCUUGAGUCGUGUGUGUGGGAUCGUCGUCUUCAUUCAUUGCUAUCUUCUUAUUAUAUGGAUGGUGAUUCCAAAGCCAUUAACCCAAAGCAAUCAACACUGCCAGAUAUUGAACCUAUUAGCCAGAAGGAGCUACUAGGAAAGAACAGUGGUGAAGGAGAUGCUAAUGGGGCAGAAGCAAAUCUGAGAGGAGGUGACGAAGCUUUGGAAGAUUGUCAUGAUCUCAAUAUUGAGUUCGCUGCGGAUUCUUCUGCAGAGGAAAACAAUGGGACAGAAGCUAUUAAAGAAUAUUUGAACCAUAAUUGUGAUGUGAAAUUGAAUUUGGUAUCUACCGAAGCAAAUGGUUCUCUGAUUGUUGAAAUCCCUGUUGAAGCUAGUGUUGGUGGGUUUAGAGAACAAAAUGGAUCACUGAAUUCGUCUGCUUUUACUGAAGUUACUGAGUUAUCAACUGCAGCAAAAACAACUGGAAAUGGAUCAUCCAUCGAGGAUCCUUCAGGGAAAUUUGAAUGCUUACACUCUGGUGAUGAAAAUAAUCUACAAUCCAAUCUUCCUUCACCUACGCAUUUGCAGUUGGAAAAACCAAGUCUUUCUAGCACUAAUGGGAGGAGUGCCAGUGAUUCUAUGGAUCCUCAAAGGAGUAAAUCCCUUGCCUCAAUAUUGUCCAAUAUUGAGAAUGAUAAGGGGUGGUGGGCACCAUUUCCUGAAAUUCGGCAUGAAUACAUGAAGGAUCUGCAGAGAGGAUACCUGCCAAAAUUAGGAUCCAUCACAACCCAUGCUGAAGAAACUACAGCUUAUAAACUUGUUAUUGAUGAGGGUGCAAGGCUGCACAUUCCCCUUGGAAAUGACAAGUACAUUGUGUCUGAUUAUGAAGAUGAAUUUUCUAGCAUCAUCGCUUGCGCUUUAGCAUCGCUGAAGGAUUUACCAAUUGUGGGUGAAGAUCUUAGAGAUGAUGGAAGAAAAGAUAGAGGAAUUGAUGAUAAGGCACAUGAAAGUUCUCAAGGCAUAAUGAGAUUAUUCUCACUGGCUCCUCCUCAUUUCUCUUCAAGUAGCUCUUUGGAUCUAGAAGGGAUCCACUCUACCCAAGUUUCAGAACAAACACGUUCAUCGAGUAUGAAUGGGUUAGAUAUGUUAAAUUCUUUGGUUUCUUUUUCUACUCUUCAUCCUGAAGUCUCUAUGGGUUCUGGGAAAUUGCCUGGGAAGCGUAAAUACUCAGUUAUAUGUCUCUACGGUAGCGAGUUUUCUCAUUUGCGAGGUCGAUGUUGCCCAUCUGAAGUUGAUUAUAUUGCUUCACUAAGUAGGUGUAGGAAGUGGGAUGCUAAAGGUGGGAAAAGUAAAUCCUUGUUUGCCAAAACUCUUGACGACCGUUUCAUCAUCAAGGAAAUACAGAGAAUCGAAUUUGAAUCGUUCUUGAAGUUUGGUCCUAAUUAUUUUGAGUACAUGGAACAGUGCUACAAGAAGGGAAAUCAGACCUGCCUUGCAAAAGUUCUUGGCAUUUAUCAGGUCAUUGUAAGGCCAACAAAAAGUGGGAAAGAGACGAGGCAUGAUCUCAUGGUGAUGGAGAACCUUUCAUUUGGAAGAAAUAUUACUAGGCAGUAUGAUCUAAAAGGAGCUCUGCAUGCUCGAUUUAAUUCAGCUGGCAGUACUGACGGAGAUGUUCUUUUGGACCAAAAUUUUGUGAAUGACAUGAAAAUCUCUCCUUUGUAUAUUGGCACAAGAUCAAAGAGGAACUUGCAACGAGCUGUAUGGAAUGACUGUGGUUUCCUCAAUUCGGUCAAUGUGAUGGACUACUCCCUACUUGUUGGAGUGGAUACUCAGCGCCGUGAACUUGUUUGUGGCAUAAUUGACUAUCUCAGGCAGUAUACAUGGGAUAAGCAAAUUGAGAAUUGGGUCAAAUCCUCGCUUGUGGUUCCCAAGAAUCAGCUUCCUACUGUUCUCUCUCCGAGGGAGUAUAAAAAGAGAUUUAGAAAGUUUAUCGACACACAUUUCCUAAGUGUUCCAGAAAAUUGGUGCUCUCAAAGACCUUCAAAUCCUUGCAUACUUUGUAGCACAGCAGGUACUAACGCACCCCCUGAGUCGAAGUCUGAAGAUGCCAACUCUAAAGGUCAAGAGGAGCACAGACAUGAGUCCUCUGGCACUCAAUCAACUGCUCAUGGAAACCAAAAUGAUAUUUCUGCCUGAGUUCUUGUUUUUUUUUCCUUCCUUCUUGGUGGUUCAUUUGUUUUCCCUAUAUAGUAUCUAGUCAUUAAUUUGUGUACAUAGCUGCUCGGACCCCCAUUGUCCAAGCACCUAGAUAUAUAUAUAUAUAUAUACACACACCCUAUCUCAUUUCUGCGAUUUUUUAUAGCAAAUUUAUGGGGAUGGUUUCAUUCUUUUAAGGCCAUUUUAGGUUUGAAUAUAUCAAGUCUAUUGUUUAAAAA